AUGACGCCGGCCAGCGGCGGAAAGCAGGCCAUCGAGAACACCGGCGGCGGCGCCGGCGCAACCGUAGCCGCCGCUGCCAUGCCCUCCCCCAUGGCGCGAGCCACCCCCGGACCCAGCGCCAGACCCCGCGGCCCCAGACCCCUCUCCUCACGAGGCGAGCCCGCGGAUCCCGGCGACCAAGGUGACCACAAGCCCGCCCCGCCCGAGACCGUCAGCCCCUUCAGCCAGCCAGCACGGCUCGACUUGCGCCGCCGCAUCAUCAGCCACCCACCAUCCGCCGAUCCCUUGCCGCCCGACGCGGCGCCGGCCGGAGCAGGAGCAAGUGCCCCCCGGAUCCCGAUCCCGAUCCCCCUCUGCCAGAUCCAGGAUCGGGCCAGGGUCCCCCGCCAAGGCCAAGGCCGCACCAGCAGCGCACGCCGCGCCGCCCCCGCCGGCCACGACAACGGUCGAAUCCCCUCUCCCUCCAACCUCAGACCGCCCCGCCCCCAUUGCGCACGGCUAGACCAACCCCUCCUGGGCACCGUCCUCCUCAUUGCCAGACCCGCCGGAAAGCAACCAGAACCGCCCCCACACCCUCUAGGACGGAGCACCACCCCGGGCCCUGGUGACAGCGACCGCCACAGGGACGCACCAGCCACCAGAUCCCCCCUUCUGGCGUCAGUCGCAUCCGCAGGGCGGCCCCUCACGACCGUCGUCUGCGCGCCGGCCCGCCCGUCGAUCUACGCCGACCGUCUGCGCCCUCUCCGACCGGGACACCUGCAUCGCCUCCACCCGGCGGCCUCGCGCCAUGCAACGGCCAAUCAGAGCCGCCGCUCGCGCGCCGGCCCGCCAAUCGAUCGAUGUCACCCGACUCCACCAAGUCUGCACGGCGGCCCGGCGGUCUAUCUCGCCGGCCUCGUCCUCGGCUGCGUCGGGACGGCUGCGUUACACUCGUUGGAUGCCUCAACUCGGGCGCCGCUGCUCCGUUGGUCGCUCGGGCAUCGCUGCCUGGGUGCCGGCGCUGCUUUGGCAGCACGGGUGCCGGUGCCGACACACUCGUCUGCACGACGUCUCACGCCGUCCGUCGUCGCCGGCCUCAUCCCGGACUCCGCCGCCACUACGCCUCCAUCGAGCGGCGUCCCCGACCUCGCGCGCGAUCGGCUUGAUCACUCGCUCGCCGCCGCGAUCUGCCUCAUCUACGCCACGCGACCAACCUGGCCCGUCAGUUGCGCGCGCCUCCGCACGUCCCGUGAAGAUUGUCCCCGAGUUUAG